AUGCGUACGCCACUCCCCUUCCACGUCAUCGGUGGCCAGCCAGCUAUGGGGCAAGGAGUGGUCAUACACGCGAAAGAAGGGACUUUGCUCACAAAUCUAACAUUACUAUAUAUUCGCCCGAAAAAUCGGCAUACAAUCGAUGUGGGACAAACCCCCCUCACACCUUCCUCAGAAGAGGCGGGCGACCGGCGUGGGUUCGAAUCCUUCUAAAGUCAAAAUUCAUAUAUUUUUAUUUGAUUAUCACGACUUUCCUGCAGAUCGCCAGGGAAGGAUUAAGCAACGAGAAUCGCUGGAUCAUCGGCGAAAAUCUCGUCAACGCGAUUCGUAGAGCAUUGCUACUAAAAUUACUGAACGAUUCGUGAUAAAAGGAUCGCGAAUCCAUCGAGUAAAUCAUCUCCGAUUGAUCGACGAACAAGCCGUCGUCGGGAACAGGACGAUCUGCCGGGAGACCAGUCGCCACCUCCUGAGAGCGUACCAGAUGCGAUGAAGAGCCUCCUCUUGCUGCGCAGACCUGAGGAUGAAGCUCCCUAACAUGCGCCGCACCUCCAUCCAGCUCCUCUCCGUCGGGUGACAGCCGCCGGAGAGCCGCAAAGUCGCUGUUUUUCCGCUCCGCCGGGUGACAACCGCCGGAGACGAUUUGACGACCCACUUCAUUGAUCUCUAGACUUUGCGAGAAGAUCUAGAGAUUGCCCACGUUGUCUUUGUCCAAGGAGAGCCUUCGAGGCCGUGGACACUGCACGACGAUCCUCCCAAAUGCUCAAGAUUCCGGUGCAUCGCCGACGCAUUGCCGUUGCGACGCCGGAACUCUAUUUUCCUGCUUUCAAUUUAAUUUACACUUCAUUUAGUGAUACUUUGUGUGAUUUUAACUUACCAAACUAUACUUCGUUAAAUUACGAUUCUUCUGGCUUUUACAAAUUUUAAUUUGAUUAAUUAAGUCGUCUGUAAUCACUUACGUAAGAAUCGCCGGGCGAAACUCUGUUUCUGCCUUAUUCGCAUUCGCUGGGCGCUGAUGUCAUCCUGACACCCGCACCCUUUUUUUUUUUUUCAUGAAUUUUAAAUAUAUUUCCUUUUUUUUUCCUAGUAUAAAAUUCUUAAGAAAAUCGUAUUCAUUGAGAAAAAUUCUGAAUAAUUACCAUAUAUUAUAUUACAUCUCUGUGAUUGACCUGGAAAAUUACCGCUAUUUUUGGAAUUUUUAUUGAAUUAUAAUUGAUAUAUUUAUUUAGAAAUACUUCUAAAUAUCCGAAAAUUUGUAUUUUCUAGUUUUAUAAAUUUUAUAUUUGCGUGAUUUAAUAUACAACGACUAAGUCACGUCACCUAGCAUAUAUCAAACAGGCUUUAGAGAAGGGACCCAUUUAUAG